AUGGAGGAGACGGUGACAAUACCGCACGAAUCCAUUCAAAUACCCAACGCCUUUGUCCGAUGGGUCACUGAGGGAUGGCCCCUCAGCACCGCGGUGCGGGGCACAGCCGGCACAGAGCUGUGUGCGGGGCACAGCCGGCACAGAGCCGGGCGGGCCGUGGCUCCGGGCCGGGAUGGCCCCUCAGCACCGCGGUGCCGGGCUGUGUGCGGGGCACAGCCGGCACAGAGCCGGGCGGGCCGUGGCUCCGGGCCGGGAUGGCCCCUCAGCACCGCGGUGCCGGGCUGUGUGCGGGGCACAGCCGGCACAGAGCCGGGCGGGCCGUGGCUCCGGGCCGGGAUGGCCCCUCAGCACCGCGGUGCCGGGCUGUGUGCGGGGCACAGCCGGCACAGAGCCGGGCGGGCCGUGGCUCCGGGCCGGGAUGGCCCCUCAGCACCGCGGUGCCGGGCUGUGUGCGGGGCACAGCCGGCACAGAGCCGGGCGGGCCGUGGCUCCGGGCCGGGAUGGCCCCUCAGCACCGCGGUGCCGGGCUGUGUGCGGGGCACAGCCGGCACAGAGCCGGGCGGGCCGUGGCUCCGGGCCGGGAUGGCCCCUCAGCACCGCGGUGCCGGGCUGUGUGCGGGGCACAGCCGGCACAGAGCCGGGCGGGCCGUGGCUCCGGGCCGGGAUGGCCCCUCAGCACCGCGGUGCCGGGCUGUGUGCGGGGCACAGCCGGCACAGAGCCGGGCGGGCCGUGGCUCCGGGCCGGGAUGGCCCCUCAGCACCGCGGUGCCGGGCUGUGUGCGGGGCACAGCCGGCACAGAGCCGGGCGGGCCGUGGCUCCGGGCCGGGAUGGCCCCUCAGCACCGCGGUGCCGGGCUGUGUGCGGGGCACAGCCGGCACAGAGCCGGGCGGGCCGUGGCUCCGGGCCGGGAUGGCCCCUCAGCACCGCGGUGCCGGGCUGUGUGCGGGGCACAGCCGGCACAGAGCCGGGCGGGCCGUGGCUCCGGGCCGGGAUGGCCCCUCAGCACCGCGGUGCCGGGCUGUGUGCGGGGCACAGCCGGCACAGAGCCGGGCGGGCCGUGGCUCCGGGCCGGGAUGGCCCCUCAGCACCGCGGUGCCGGGCUGUGUGCGGGGCACAGCCGGCACAGAGCCGGGCGGGCCGUGGCUCCGGGCCGGGAUGGCCCCUCAGCACCGCGGUGCCGGGCUGUGUGCGGGGCACAGCCGGCACAGAGCCGGGCGGGCCGUGGCUCCGGGCCGGGAUGGCCCCUCAGCACCGCGGUGCCGGGCUGUGUGCGGGGCACAGCCGGCACAGAGCCGGGCGGGCCGUGGCUCCGGGCCGGGAUGGCCCCUCAGCACCGCGGUGCCGGGCUGUGUGCGGGGCACAGCCGGCACAGAGCCGGGCGGGCCGUGGCUCCGGGCCGGGAUGGCCCCUCAGCACCGCGGUGCCGGGCUGUGUGCGGGGCACAGCCGGCACAGAGCCGGGCGGGCCGUGGCUCCGGGCCGGGAUGGCCCCUCAGCACCGCGGUGCCGGGCUGUGUGCGGGGCACAGCCGGCACAGAGCCGGGCGGGCCGUGGCUCCGGGCCGGGAUGGCCCCUCAGCACCGCGGUGCCGGGCUGUGUGCGGGGCACAGCCGGCACAGAGCCGGGCGGGCCGUGGCUCCGGGCCGGGAUGGCCCCUCAGCACCGCGGUGCCGGGCUGUGUGCGGGGCACAGCCGGCACAGAGCCGGGCGGGCCGUGGCUCCGGGCCGGGAUGGCCCCUCAGCACCGCGGUGCCGGGCUGUGUGCGGGGCACAGCCGGCACAGAGCCGGGCGGGCCGUGGCUCCGGGCCGGGAUGGCCCCUCAGCACCGCGGUGCCGGGCUGUGUGCGGGGCACAGCCGGCACAGAGCCGGGCGGGCCGUGGCUCCGGGCCGGGAUGGCCCCUCAGCACCGCGGUGCCGGGCUGUGUGCGGGGCACAGCCGGCACAGAGCCGGGCGGGCCGUGGCUCCGGGCCGGGAUGGCCCCUCAGCACCGCGGUGCCGGGCUGUGUGCGGGGCACAGCCGGCACAGAGCCGGGCGGGCCGUGGCUCCGGGCCGGGAUGGCCCCUCAGCACCGCGGUGCCGGGCUGUGUGCGGGGCACAGCCGGCACAGAGCCGGGCGGGCCGUGGCUCCGGGCCGGGAUGGCCCCUCAGCACCGCGGUGCCGGGCUGUGUGCGGGGCACAGCCGGCACAGAGCCGGGCGGGCCGUGGCUCCGGGCCGGGAUGGCCCCUCAGCACCGCGGUGCCGGGCUGUGUGCGGGGCACAGCCGGCACAGAGCCGGGCGGCGCUUUGCCUUGGCACAGGCAGGGCGCUGACUCUAAGUUCCCUGUGCUCUCAGUCCUAUAG